UCGUGACGAACAAUGCUUUGUACUUAAGUUCAAAAGAUAGUUAUGCCUUGCAAAUUUCAAUUGUAAAGAUAUAUACGCAAUUAGCUGAAGUAAACUCCAGCAAGUAGCCAUAAUAGUAUGUACUUCGUGCAAUAUUAACGUGUUUUGAUAUUCUAUAAUUAUUGUUUACGGAUAGACUUGUAUUGAGUCACAAAAUAUAGCUGUAAGUAUAUACAACAGCUGCGAUAAUGGAGUUGUUAUGAAUAGUUCCUUAUGCAAGUACCGAGUGACAUAGUAUAAAAUGGUUGCCAGGAUGUUUCGCUACAUCCUCCUGCUCUCUGCCGCGACAGCGGUGCUGGCAUACAAGAACCCGCACUUUGCAUCUGGCAGGACGACCAUGGUCCACCUCUUCGAGUGGAAGUGGGACGACAUUGCUGCUGAGUGCGAGAGGUUCCUCGGUCCACGCGGCUUCGGUGGUAUCCAGAUCUCUCCCCCAAAUGAAAACUUGGUGAUUUGGUCUAGGAACCGCCCAUGGUGGGAACGCUACCAGCCCAUUUCAUACCGUCUGGUCACACGGUCUGGCAAUGAGCAACAAUUCAUAAACAUGGUCCGUCGCUGUAAUAACGCCGGUGUUAGGAUUUACGUAGACGCCAUCAUCAACCACAUGACAGGAACGUGGAACGAGAACGUUGGUACCGGUGGUAGUACUGCUAACUUCGGCAACUGGCAUUACCCUGGUGUGCCGUACGGCAGGAACGACUUCAACUGGCCUCACUGCGUCAUCGGUGGAAAUGACUACGCCUGCUGUGCUGAUAGAGUACGUAACUGCGAGCUGUCUGGUCUCAAGGACUUGAACCAAGGAUCUGAAUAUGUGCGGGGACAGAUUGUCGGUUUCAUGAACCGUCUUAUUGAUAUGGGUGUUGCUGGUUUCAGAAUCGACGCAGCCAAACACAUGUGGCCCGGAGACCUGCGCGUCAUCUACGACAGGCUACACAACCUGAACCCCAGCCACGGCUUCCCCCAGGGAGCCCGCCCGUACAUCUUCCAAGAAGUAAUUGAUCUUGGCGGAGAAGCUAUUAGCAGGAAUGAGUACACUCCCCUAGCGGCGGUCACUGAAUUCAGAUUCGGCAUGGAACUGAGCAGAGCUUUCAGGGGACAUAAUCAACUUAGAUGGCUAUCUAACUGGGGUCCAAGCUGGUCGCUCUUAGCAUCCAACGAUGCCCUCGCCUUCAUUGACAACCACGACAACCAACGUGGUCACGGUGCUGGUGGUGACAUUCUUACCCACAAGACCCCGAAGCAAUACAAGGGAGCGAUUGCCUUCAUGUUGGCGCAUCCUUAUGGUGUCGCUCAGCUAAUGAGCAGCUUCCACUUUACGGACACAGAAGCAGGACCUCCAAUGGAUUCUAAUGGAAACAUUCGUUCGCCGACCAUCAACUCUGAUAACAGCUGCGGCAACGGCUGGGUGUGCGAACAUCGCUGGAGACAGAUCUACCAGAUGGUAGCAUUCAGGAACGUAGCCGGCAACACUGGGCUCUCCAACUGGUGGGAUAAUGGAAACAACCAGAUUGCCUUCUGCCGUGGUGGACAAGGUUUCGUCGCGUUUAACAACGAGAACCGCGACUUGAACCAGAGCUUGCAGACUUGCCUGCCAGCCGGUAGAUACUGCGACGUGAUCUCAGGAGCAAAGGUUAACAACGGUUGCACCGGUAAAACUAUCACGGUCGACGGCAAUGGACGCGCCCAAAUUCACAUCGGUGCUAACGAACAAGACAUGGUUCUGGCUAUCCACCGUGGCAAUGAGUCAAGACUGUAAGGUUGACACGCGUAAUGAAGAUUGCUGAGAGCCUGAGAAGUGAUAAAAGUGUUUUUAUGUAAAAAGAAAAUAAAUUUGUGAUACAAA